GCGAAGCAGCCGGAUGUGCCGCUGAUCCAGCUCCACUCGAACAAGUCGUUCCAAGGCGACAACGGCAAACAGUCGCCGACCAAAGACAUAUCUUUUUUCUCUUAACUGACGUUUCGGCCUCCUCACGGGAGCAUUGUUCAGGGGAGUCAUGUCGAUCGAUGUAGAGCCAGGGACUUCUACCAUGUCAAGCACGCGCUCCGAAGAUUGGUCCAGUAGUUGGACUUCCGGCACUCAAAGUCGAACGAACACGACCACCGGCACCAUGACCAGCAGCACUUCUGCGGUCCCGUCUGGCCUACCGUAUGGUAUCACGCCACCCGGUAUCACGCCGUCCAGCAUUCCUCCACGCGCUCUAGAGAACGCCAUGUUCUCGGGCCCCGCGCAAAAGUCCCAGCCAAGGCCCCUCACGGAUACAGCAAAGACCUCGGAUUUGAAAGCCCCCUCAGAACCAAGAAGAAGGGAAGGCGCACUGUUGCCAUUCCUCAGUUGCAUCCUGGGCAUCCUGGUUUUGCUCGUUAUUCUCUCCCUCAUUCUGUCGGCUCCUUACCCUACCCGACUUCACGUCAACGCCGAAACUCCUCGACCUACUGACGCAUCUGAGCGCACGCAGAAGCCGAAUCUCCCUCCCGCACCACCCACGCCCGUAGUGGGUCACGUGGGCGCCCCCUGCAGCGACUCCACUGCUUGCCUGGGCGAGGCCGACUGCGUGGAGGGUGUCUGCCAGUGCCAGGGCACCGGCUUGCGCAUCGUGAAAGGUGUCUGCGUCUAUUCCACCACGCCGAGGACGAUGACGACACGGUCACCGACGAGCUCAACGUCUUCCAGGCGCCCAAGCACGAAGACCCUGCCAUCCAGCUUGCGGUUCUCGUUCGUGCGUACCGUACGCCUACGCACCACUCCAGCUCGUAGCGAGACCGGGGCUGCGUCCGUGACCAAUGAAGACCGCGACCGGCCGAACACCUCGGAGACAGGCGGGAGGGCCCGCAACGAGGCGAUCUCCCGUGGCACCAGGGCGCCCAACGUCACUGCCCAUUGGGAGGAAGAGGAGGAAGCAGUUGGAGAAGCGUGAAGUGCGGGAGGAAUAAACAUUGGCCCGGGACACUUCAAUUCGGCAACUUAACGCGCGCGCAUUUAUGAGCGCCGAAAUGUUGUAGAAUUUGAGUUAUAUGUAUAGCAUAUUCGUAAAUUUUUUUCUUUCUUUUUUAGUAACUGGAUCAAAGACCUGUUUCUGUCGCAGGUCUUGAUUCAGUUUCUGUCGCAGGUCUCCAAAUAAAUAUUAAUU